UUCUGUCUGCCUCGUGGUCUCUUCAACGUGAAACCGUUUUGUGACUCUACCGGCUCAGGUGUGCGCAAAAUAAUUAUUCCAACAGACAAAAUGAAUAGUAUUAUAAGAAACACGUUGCGUACGUCGACGAUUAGAAACCUUUUCUCGUCAACGUCAAGCGCAAGGAUCGCAAAUAAUCAAUUAAGAGCGUUGUGGAAUGCUUGCUCUCGUCAAACUGAAGCUACACCGCUCGUUUCGGUAAAAUCAUUCAAACACCAAAAUUUUUUUUGUAAUUGCGGCUGUUGCAGAGGCGUCCACACAAAAGCUGAAAAGGAACUUGUAGAGUUUCUAGCGGAAGAAAUAAUAGCUGAAAAAAAGGCGCAAAAGCUAAAAACUAUUCCUACCGAAUUAGAUGGAUUUAAAGUGUCUUUGAACGGUGCUGAUGUUACUUUAGAGAAAAAGCAGGAUGACGAGACAAUUAAAGUUUCAUUCAACAUAAACCACACGGUUGAUUCUGAGGCCGAGCCAGAGCUCGAUAUAACUAACAAUAAUCCAGAUAUCGGUGAAAUGAAAAGUAAACCAGAGUUUUCGGUAGAUAUAAUGAGAAAUAACCAGACUCUUGGAUUUACCUGUUCGUUUAACACAGAGCCUGGAGCAUCGGGUGCCAGCGAGGAGUAUAACGAUAUCUUUGGCAUCGACGAAAUCACUUUGUACGAGGGUAAACACAAUGACAAAGUGUACGCGGUUGCUGGUGAAAUUAUCGACGGGUAUCUGUACGAUUUGCUGAUGAACUACCUGGAGGAGAAGGGUGUUUCGAACGAAUUUGCAGAGAAGUUAGUGGAACUCAGUACAAACUAUGAACACACAGCAUACGUUAGUCUACUGGAAAGUCUAUCAAAAUUCACUUCUGGAAAAUAAUUUUU